CCUUCCCGAGGACUAACUUGCACCGCCUAGUUGACCUGACAGUUGUUUUUGUUUUUUAAAGUCACUAAUUUUAACAAAUAAUAUAUUAUUUUUUGAAGGAAGACUCUUUACAGUAUUGUGACUUACUGUUUAUAUAUAGAUGUUCACAUGUUUGACAGCCGUUGUCAUUUAUCCCAAAUAUCCUACGCUACGGCAGGAUAUGGAAGUAGCAUGAUGUAGAUUUUACAUUAUCAUGGCGAGAUGUGUUUUCACUGUCAGAUAUGUAAGGAGAAAUUGACAGAAUUGCUAGUAAAUUGUGGGUAAGAUGUUUUCUGUCAUCCUUCGGCAAUCGCUGUGUAACCAAGUAAGGCUGACUUACCAGAUCAUCAGCGAUUUGCCGCUUCAAGGUAAACUAAAUCUGCAUGCUACACUUUCUGCAAGGAUUACGUCAUCAACCACUUGCAGGGUGGGAUACCAAAUCAAAGACAAUCUGAGUGACUGCUACAAUCGGCUAAAUGUGCCAGAGGACUGUACAGUUGAUGAGUUAAAGGAGGCAUAUUUUAAACUCGCUCGAGAGUACCACCCAGACAGCAAGUCUUCCACAGCAGACGCAAGAAAGUUCAACCAGGUCAAAGAAGCAUAUAAAGCUAUCAAGUCCAAGCUCAAUGCUGAAAAUGGCAGCAAGCAUUCAGUAUACAAUGAUGAUGAUGAUGAUGAUGAUGACUCAUUUAAAAGACAGCAACCACAACAUAGACAGUUCUUGGAUAAUGAGGGUUUUGGUACUGGUACCAGGACAGAAAGACAGAAGCAGUAUGAGCAGAUAAAAGUAUCCAGGGCCCAACAGAACGUUUACAAGUAUAAACUAAAGCAGAAAAUGAUGACCUCUGAUUCACCUGAUGAUAAUGCCCUGGUUCAGAAGGACAAGAAGUAUGCCAGAAGCAAGAAGAUGACUAGGAGUUCCAUGGACCGGCUAGUUGAGGAUCUGAUACAGGAGUCCAUGUCUAAAGGGGAUUUCCAGAACCUAGAAGGGUCAGGCAAGCCCCUUAACUACAGUAGGGAGAACCCGCACACCGAUAAAAUCACACAGAAACUCAACGAGAUCCUAAAAGACAAUAACUGUCAGCCAGAGUGGAUCAUGAUACAGAAGGAAAUCAGGGAAGAAUUACAGAAGUGUCGAGAGCGCCUGGCAAUAGAGAGGAAACUGUUAGGAGACCCACCUUACAAAGUGGAGGAUGACAAUUUCUGGAAAAAGCAUGUGGAAUUGUUCCAAAUCAAUCUUAAUGACAUAAAUGACAAGGUCCACAGAUAUAAUCUGGUUGUACCUAUGUUACAUAGACAGAUUAUGCCUUACGGUUUUGAUAGGGAGAUAGAGAGUAUUUGCAAUGACUGUGAUCAGUACUUGCCAGAGAAUUUUAAGGAAAUUGUGGAGUUUAGGAAUAAGCCUAAAUUAACAAGGGAUGAACAGGCAGAUUAUGGGGAAGUUUUUCGGUUAAAACAUUUGGUGAUGUCUUUUAAAGAUGUGUUUAGUAAUGGGAAGAUUUCUUGAUGGUUCAUGUAUCAUCAGCACCUAUAUAUAUAUAUAUAUUCUGGAUUUAUGCCCAUUUGUUGUUUAUUAAGUUGAUAAUAAAACCAUAACCAUUUGUUGUUUAUUAAGUUGAUAAUAAAACCAUAACCAUUUGUUGUUUAUUAAGUUGAUAAUAAAACCAUUUACAUGAACACAUAAAACGAAAGCUAUUUUCGAUAAUAAGUAUCAUACAUAUAUAUAAACAGGGAAAACAUGUAGAUGGCACAACUAGGAAAUGGGGCUAUUCUAGUCCUUCCAAUGAUGCAUUUAUACCCUUGAUUCAAUUGGAUUGUCGCACGAUUCAUACAAAACAGUAUGGGCGUUUUGUUUGAUAAUAAACUUUUUUGGUUCCACGAACUGUGUAUUUGUUAUUACAGUUUCAAACGAAAAUUGAACUAUCGAAACCUCCUCCGGGGGCAGUUUCGUCGUUUGUUUUAUCCGAAACUAGAUCAUUUUCAAAGAACAACAUGGAGGACAGUGUGUUGAAACACCAUUGUGAUAAAACAUGCGAACAACCAUCUGCUGUUGGAAAUGUACACAAACCAAUCCGUUUGUUACUUCCGUUUCUAAACGGGUUCAAACCGCCGAACACCUUGAAACCCAAACUGAAACUAGUUUGGUAUCGACAAAAACGGCCUUAAACGAUAUCGCAAAAACAAGUCUUAAAUCGUUGACCGUUUGUCUAUUUAACACAAAACUACUGGACAAAACUCAUUGGUUGAAUGGCGCCAACUUCAUAAGGUGCCAUAUAAGCCAGUUUAAACGUCUCUAAAUUCUGG